AUGGGCCCUGCAAAGAUACAGAAAGAUUUUGCGUCAAGACAGCACAGAAAACUCGGCCCGGGGCAGCGCGUGUCGCGGGCAUGUCUCUUUUGCCGCCAGAGAAAGUCCCGCUGCGAUUUGGACAGUAGCGGCAAUCCAGGAACUCCACCUUGUCAGAGGUGUGUGCGCGAGGGUCGGGAGUGUAUCCUGGGAACUUCUAAUAGAGGUGGACGACGGAUACGGAAGAGCAAGGGUGUUGAUGCUGCAUCCAAAGAUGAUGAAACAUCUGCACACAAAACGCCGGAGAAUCAAUCUUCUAUAUCAGAUUAUCCAGAGCAUAACAACGGCUCAAGUUUCUCGGCGCCUGGCUAUCCAAUCACCGGUCUAUAUGUGAACCAGACCGGCAAACCAGCCAAGUCCAUUACGGCGGAUGUUAAUGACCAGGAUCAAGAAGAAGAACAGCAAUACGAGGAUGAUGACAAUGAAUCCGUAUCUAGCUCCGAUAGUGCGAUAGAUUCUGGGGUACCCCGAAAUCCUUCCGAUGCAUGGCAAUGUCUGACUGGCAUCGCGAAACGAGGCGAAGAGACUGAAGAGUUUGUUCUAUCCACAGAAAGUGUGACGCAGCAGAGACCACUUGCCGUACACGUCCAAGACGGGCUUACAGGUAUGCCUUCCAAAACACCUGUCGCGUCUGGCAUUGGGGCAUACGAACUCGUCAAGAAUGGCUGGCUUGAUCCCGAGUUGAUCUUCAACCUGAUCAAACGCUACCAAGUUCAUUUCCACCCAUACCAACCCCUUGUCCCUCGACGAUACUUUGAGCGUGGGAUGCUCGACGCAUUUGCCUCGAAUGAGAAGCACCUGCUCACUGCCGUGCUCACAAUAGCGUCCAAAGACCUGCUCGAAAUGCCUCAUAUCCACGAAUACUGCUCAAAAUACAUGCAUGAACUGGUCGCAAGCAUCGCAGCCGGAACCGAAUGCGACGUAGAAGCAGUCGAAUCUCUGAUAUUGUUGGCAGAAUGGGAACCACAAGGUCUCCGCCCGAAUAUCGAGCGUGUCGGAAGAGGCGAAGAAGAUCGUGCUGCAUGGAUGCAUGUCGGCCUGGCUUUGCGAUCUGGCUAUUUUAUGGGUCUGGAUCGAACUUCAUUCCGCGGCGACCCUACCGGUGAGGACUGCGAUGCACGCAAACGCCUCGCUUGGACUUCAUGCUAUAUCACCGAUAGAUUGAUAUCUGUCCGAAUCGGACGGGCGUUUUGGUCUCGUGGACCUGGUCCAAUGACUGGAUUUGUGAGUCAGGAUUUUCCGUCAUUGCAGCCGUUGACAGAAGGAGAUGAGGAUUAUGCAAAAAUAAUACAAGCUACGUUGGAUUUGACGCAGUUGUAUGGAAAUGUGCAUGAGAUUCUGUAUUCGGGCAUGCGGACAAGCAAUCAGAUGAUGCUCAUGGGUGAUUAUAUCAAGUAUGCGGAUGAUUUCCGCGCUGCGAUACACAGGUGGAAUCAGACAUGGGGAGGAUUGAAUUGCUCACCAAACAUCAAACUCACUCUACAAAUGUCUUAUGAAUAUCUACGGCUAUAUACCAAUGCUUUUGCUUUCCAAGCGGCUAUCUCUCAGGCGAUUGUACGCAACUCGAAGACAGCGGACCAGCAUCAUCAAAAAGAGCAUCUACGAGCAACGUUUAGCAAUGUCGCAUCAAUGUCUGAUGCACGUUUUAUAUACGAGUCGCUUGAUGCGGCCAGGUCGUAUCUGGAUAUACUUGCCCGCUCGUUUGGCGUCAUGUCCCCCAAAGAAGAAAUCGAAGUGCGUGAACUCGUAUCACGCACAACAGAAACCCUCCACCGCGCCAGCGCAGGUCCAGAUGACAUGGGCUCGCGAUACGCACGACUUCUCGAAUUGUUAUGGAAACCCCGGUCCUCAGGAUCGGUCGCAUCAUCCGAAUCCCGCCGUCGCAACGAACUCUCCAUCGCCAGUCUCGCAAACAGCAACAACAACACAACCAUGUCUCCCGGCGGAGUAAUUGCAGCGGGAGGAGCAGGAGUGAGCGGAGUCAGCGGCGGAGCACCGCACCAACACCAGCAACACUCUCCACAACAACAUCACCAUCAGCAUCAACAAGCAGUUCAUCAACAUCAGCAAUCAACCCAUUUCGACCCUGCUAAUGAUUUUUCCUGGCUCGAUCUGGGCGCUGUAGGCGACUAUGUCUCUGGCGAUCAAAUGACAGCCGGUAUGUUAGGGUUUGACGGCGCUCUGCAAGAUGGGAUGUAUUCUACCGACCAGCAACAACCACAACAACAGCAACAAAUGUGGCAAACGCCAUUCUGGACGGGAGAUUCCAUGUCUACUAGUCUAUUCUUUUAA